UUUGGUAAAAUUGUGCAGUGGAAGUUAAAUAACAGGCAGCAUGAAAAGAAGCGCAAGGAUACUCAAAUUAGCAAGAAAUUGUGCAAAUAAAGAAAAUUCAUGUGACUUAUUUGAUUCAACGUUACCUUCAAAUCAGAAAAAUAAGGAAGAAGUAUCUCUUUCUAGUCCUGACGUUUCUGACACAGACUCAAAUUAUACCCCGCCUAUACAAGAUACUACUUCUGAUGAAUCUUGCAUAGACGACGAUAGGAUCUUGGAUAAAGCUUGCUCACUAGGUUUUGUACUUCAUGCAUCUACAGAAUCUCAAAAUCCUCAGAAAAACAACUCAUUAAUAGAACGUAAACCCUUAUCUGACAAAAACAUUGAGCAGUCUUCAUAUGUAAAAACUUCAUUAAUUAGUAAUGAUAGUGUUUUGAGUCACAUAAGUAAUUCACCCUGUGAUACUUUUGCUGUGGACAUAAAAUUUUUAAAACCUGCAUCCUCACGGGCACAUAAAACAAACAAUGUUGUGUCGGAAGACAAUUCAGAUGUCGAUAUUAAUAAUGAUGCCCAAGAAGAAAACCUUACAAAUGAUGAUAUUAUAAUACCAAAGCAACAACCCAAAAGCAAACGUGUUAUUCGUGAUAGAGACUACUGUUUUUUCUGCGAAGGUUUAGUUUUAAACUUUGCAAGACAUUUAACUAGACAUCACGUGUAUGAACCUGAAGUGCAAAAAAUUUUAUCGAAAUCCAAAAAAAGUCAGGAGAGAAAAGAACUUAUCAUGGAACUACGGAAAAAAGGAAAUUUUAUUCAAAAUUCAGUAGAGGUAACCAAGCCUAUGCGGAAACACAAAUUUACGGACUAUUUGCCGUGUACAAACUGCUUGGGAUUUUACUCAAAGAAGCUUUUAUGGAAACAUAAGAAAAAAUGCUCAAAAAAUUCUGAUAAAACAAAUAAAAAUGUACAGUCCGAAGCUCAAAAUCUAUUAUUGAGACAUUUAAAAAUAGAUGAAAAACUCAAAGACAGUGUAUUUCUUCGAAUGAGAGCCGAUAAAACAUCGCUUGUCGCUAAAUCGGAUGUCCUUAUAUGUGCUUUUGGAUCUCAAUACUUGAAAACCCAUAGAGAAAAACAUUUUGUAAAUGUAAUUUCUCGAAAAAUGAGGGAAUUAGCAAAAUUAUUACAAGAAAUUAAAAAGAUUAAUCCCGCCAUAAAAGAUUUAUUUGACGCACUGAGGCCGAAAAACUACGACAUCAUUGUAGCAGCCACAAAAGUUGUGGGAAAAUAUGACUCUGAAAAAGAUAGAUAUGAAUCACCUACAUUUGCUAUGAACAUUUCCACUAGCAUUAAACAAUGCUGCAAUAUAGCAAUUCUAUUUGCAUUGAAGAAACAAGGACCUUACAUGGAUAUAAACACUGCAGAAGUAGAGGCAGACCUAAAAACACUAAUACAAAUUUUAGAUUCAAAUUGGAAAUUUGAUGUAUCCAGCCAAGCAGCAUCAGAUUUAAACACUAAUAAAUGGAAUAAAGUAACUAUAGUGCCGUUGGCGAAUGACUUAAAAAUCCUAAAAGAAUACCUCGAAAAAAAAUCCGAAGAAGCUGCCAAUAAAAUCAAAGAAGGUUCAUUUAACGUUUCGACUUAUACACAAUUAUUAGAGACUGUAUAUUGCAGGGUUUUGCUACUUAACAGGCGCAGGCCUGGAGAACUUCAAAGAAUUAAAGUUCACGACUAUUUGGAAUCAGAUAAUGAUUCUGAUAAGUACGAAGAAUUCGACCGGGCUCUUACUGUGUCGGAAAGGGUCUUAGUACAAAAAUUUAAAAGACUAGUCAUUAGAGGAAAGCGUGGUCGGGGAGUUCCUGUUUUAUUUAAUAAGGAGGUUCAAGAGGACAUUAAAUUACUGCUCUCGAAGAGAAACAUAUUUGUUUCUACAUCAAACCGAUUUCUAUUUGGUAACCCGGGAUUUGAAAACACCAUAUAUGGGUAUAAAGUAUUAGAAAGGCAUGCGAGGCUAUCUGGAGCAAAAAACCCAAAAGCAAUUUCGUCUACAAGGCUUAGAAAACAUUUGGCCACUUUAUCACAAAUAUUCAGUAUGUCUGAAAAUGAUAUGGAGCAAUUAGCUACAUUUAUGGGCCAUACAAAUGACGUGCACAAAAAAUCAUACCGGCUACCGGAUGACGUUUACCAAACUGCCAAGAUAUCGAAACUCCUUAUCCUUAUGGAAGAUGGGAAAGCAGACGCUUUCAGAGGUAAAUCCCUGGAUGAGAUUGAACUAGAUUUAAAUGAACAAUUAGAUGAAGGGAUGACAGAAAAUGAUAUUAUUUUAGAUUAUGACGUGGAAUCGCUUAAGUGCGCGCAAGAUAUUACAGACGGAAAUAAUUUACCACCACCAUUACUACCACCUCAGCCAGGACCAUCUGGUCUUCAAACGAUAACUUCAGAGUCUAACCAUGUUAAGAAAGGGAAAAAGAGGACUCUAAUACCGUGGACUGCAGAACAAAAAAAAGUUUGCAAUUCAUUUUUUAAAUAUCAUAUAAAAAAUAAACAACCACCUAAAAGGCAUGAAUGCGAGGCUCUUAAAGAUAAGCAUCCAGACCUCCUGAAUAAUAAGGAUUGGCUUAAAAUAAAAGUAUUUAUACAAAAUACUUACACUAAGAAAUGAUACUUCCAAAAUUUGCUUUUUAGGUUCAGUUCCUAAAAAAAUAUCAUUUUUGUUUUCUUUCAUUGUAUGAAACAAAUACUCAUUUACAGUAUUGAAUAAUUAUCAUUUAACCCUGGUAACGUCUAGGGGUAUGUUUAAGCUUUUAAUUGUUUUCUUUUUGCAUUUGUAUUUCAUCUUCUUUUAAUUUAAAAUACAUUGUGUGAAUAUCUUUUUACAAUUAAUAUUUAUCUUAAUUACUGAUUCAAGCUAUAUGGUAUUUCGAGUAAUAAUUAAUAUAAUAAUAAAACUACAUACUUUUCUUUUCUUUUUGCCAAUUAACUCAUUUUAAUUCAUAUUAAAUAACGAAUAGGCAACCAUAAAUUAAGAACGAUUGAACAACUGAUAUAUUUAAUCUAAGCAAAUGAAUGUAAUCUAACGAAAUAAAUCACAUAGUCUUGAAAACUUGUACAACGCUAAUUUAGGUAUCUUGCUAAACAUACUAAAAGUCCCCUAGAGUAACGGGGAAGUCCACAAGACUACACGAUUUAUUUGGUAAUUUUUCAGCAAAAUUUUCCUAGGCUAUAAUGCGUUAGAGACAGCAGAUUGAGAUUGAUUUAAUUGAGGCAUAGUCUAACUAUAGGCCUUUUAUUAAUCUUAUGUAACAUUUACUGGAUGACGUUUUUCCUAUAUAUAUUAUAUUAUACGUCUUUGGUUUGGUUUCAAGAAUAUGCCAAAUUAAAUCAAUAAUACAUAACUACAUAAUUAUGUUGUAUAACUGAUUUUUCAAAUGUAGUUGAUUUUACUUGUUAUUUCUGUAAUUGAUAUGGUUACUAGUGUAGGAUUCAUAUUAUAUCUUUAAUCUCCUAACAAUAAUUAGAGCACGCAAAGUAGCCACUAUGUGUAAUUAAAAAGUAGGUGAUAAAAAUAAAGGCUGUGUAUCUCACGACUGAUUUAUUACUUUUAGUACUUAAAUAUUCUAUAAUAAACAUCAGCAUCAUUUAUGUUCAAGCAUUAUGUUUUGUUUUUCAAAUACAUAUUAAAGGUAGAUGAAUAAAUAAGAGUAGUUUUUUAUUGAUUUAUUAGAUUUUGUAUUGAUAUGUUUAAUAUUGUUCAUGUUACUUAUUUUAUAAGCGUUUUUAUUAUAUAAUAGUGCGUACAUUUAAAAGUUAAUUCAAUUAAAGCCAAUGCCAAAGUAAACUUUACUCUAAAUUGAUAGUUCUUUAAAAACUGCAGUCUCCUCCAUAUAAAAUUAAUUUAGAUUAGAUUUUUUUGUGUAACUGAUUUGUCCGAUAUUGUAAUUGAUGACUAUGGUGUUAACACUGUACCUACUUAAUUAAAUAAAAAUAAAGCAUAAAUAAAG